UGCGCUCUCACUGCGCCCGUCCGUUCGUCUCGCAGGGCCCCAGCGCUGGUGAAGAUGGCGACGCGCAGCCCCUGGCCGCGGCCCCUCAGCCUGCCCUGCUGCUGCCUCCUGCUGCUCGCGCUCGGCGGCCCCGGUUUUUUCCAGUCACAUGCAGUGGAAGUAGAUGUGAAAGAUCUCUCCAAUAAUACGUGCAUAUAUGCAAAAUGGAUGAUGAGCUUCUUGAUAAAAUAUGAAACAAACAAUAGUGAAUAUAAAAAUGCAACCUUAAACCCAUCUACCAAUGUAACACAUGAUGGAAGCACCUGUGGCAAUAACACACAUGCCCCACUACUAGCAAUACAAUUUGGAGCAGGUCACUCUUGGAGUAUCAAUUUUACUAAGACUAAUGAAACUUAUCAGGGAAACAUCAUCUCAUUUACCUACAACACCAGUGAUGCAGUCUUUAAAGAUGCUAAAACAAAAGGACCAAUUACUAUUGUUGUAAAGGACACUAUGCCUCCAGUCCAACUGAAUACAGUCUAUAAAUGCCAUCACCUUGACUCUAUUGAAGUGGCAAAUGUGUCUCUGUUCUUCUGGGAUGUCAUUCUGCAGGCUUUUGUUAAUGGCACUGUUAGUAAAAAUGAUUCUACAUGUGAAGCUGAUAAAUCUACUGUUGCACCUACCACUGUUGCCAACUUAACUACUGCACCUAUCACUACUGCUUCAUCACCUCUACCAACUACAACUUCUAAACCAGUGGAGAAACCACUCAUUGGAAACUAUUCUCUUAAAGAUGGCGAUAAAAUCUGUCUUCUGGCUACAAUGGGGCUGCAACUGAAUGUCUCUCAAGAGAAGCCUGUUUUGAUUAACAUCAACCCAAAGACCACUAAUGUCACUGGUAGCUGUGGCAACACAUCUGCUACUCUGCGACUGAAUGACAGCAACAGGAGGCUUAUUGAUUUCACCUUCGCUGUUAAAAACACAAGUGCAAACACACAAAGAUUCUAUCUGAAAGAAGUGAACAUCACCCUGAUCAGCUCUAUAAAUGGUUCUGAACCUUUAAAUGCUGGAAACAACAACCUCAGCAUUUGGGACACCUUCCUGGGCAGUUCCUACAUGUGCCAAAAAGAGCAGACUGUUUUGGUGACUGAAGAUCUUCAAGUACAUACUUUUGAUCUAAGGAUUCAGCCGUUCAAAGUACAAAACAACAAGUAUUCUAAAGCUGAAGAAUGCUUUGCAGAUUCUGACCUGAACUUUCUUAUCCCCAUCGCAGUGGGCGUGGCGCUUGGCUUCCUUAUCAUUCUUGUCUUUAUCUCUUACGUCAUUGGAAGAAGGAAAAGUCGUACUGGCUAUCAAUCUGUAUAAUCUUUUCAUGCUGCCUCUGCUACCUUUUUCCCUUAACAGAAGUUAUUAGUUCAUGGUUUUCUUUGACUAGAUAUAUUAAACAAAGGAUAAUGUAUUUAUGCAUAUGAUUGUGAGAACAAAUUUAGACUCGCCUGAACCUACUGUAAGGUUUUGGAGUAAAGUAAAACUGCUCCAGGAAACACUUAUGAUCAAUAUUUGUCCCCGGGGCAAUGUGAUUAUCUUAGGCCUCUUCAGUCAAAUAAGGAUGCAUCUUACUCGCAGCAUUUUUAAUCUCUAUUCUUUUGCAUAAUAUCACAGCUGGUGAGUGAGGUUUUUAUUUUAUAUGCAGCUACUCAGUUUAUUUCAUAUAAUGCUGAAGUAAAAAAAACAAACAAACCCCUGCUAGAGGUUUGAAUGCUGUGUAGUGAAGGAUUGUAUAUGCUGUUGGAAAGAAAUGCAAAAUCCUUCCUAGCGUUCAGUUACAAGCAAACUUACCACUGCUGCCUUGUUUCUGUUUCUUCAUGUAGCUGCUUGUUCUCUGGGGUUAGCUUAAAGCUGCUUUUCCUGUUGCAUCCAAAGGUGGUUCUUGAUCCUACAAUAAGUCACCCAGAAGUUCCUUCUCUUAGUAACUAGUGUAUUUAAUAUCAGUGUGGAAAGGAUUAUCUUUUUUUAAGUGUAAGAGUAGUGGGUGAGAUCUAGCAUAACUUACCCAAGAAUGGAAGAACCUGACCUUAGUGAACAGACACAGCUUUUAAGGAAGCCUUAGGUGUCCUGAGCUGUGGGGUUUUUUGUUUUUGUUUUUGUUUUGUUGUUUUCUUUUUUGUCCAAAGAGCACGGUGUUAAGCAUCUUCUGUUUGCUAACCAAAAAGUGGUUCUGCUCUCUGACUUUAACUGAACCUAUGGUUGGGGUAAAUGGGAAAACUUUGAGUUCACUGGGUCCAAGUUUUCAUUCUGUCUAUGUAAGGGAAGGAUAAUCUAGACUUCUCAUCCUGUAUUUCAGCUGAAGGAAUUGGCCUAACUUUAAACUCCGUAACUCCACAGAGGUGUGCUCUUACUCUAUUUUCCAAAGUAGUUAGUAUGCAAAAUAGUGAUUGUAAAGGAUGAGGUUAUAGAAAACCACAGUAAAAGAAAGUGACCCCACCAAAGAAUGGGAUGGUAUGUUGGAUCCAGUCAAAUGCCCUCCCCUAUCAUUAAUAUUGUCAUACACUUUGAAGGGCCUCUGUUCCAUGUUUAGGCCUUAGCAGGAUGGAAGCUAGUUAUCUUGGAUUAAAUUCUGCCACCCCUGAAUGGGUACAUUGGGACAGGAGCAUCUUCCUCUUUGGGCCCCUUUGAUGCUGACCUGCAGAAGCUAGUUCUACUAUUGUGCUCUCUUUCAUGCUAGGCCAUGUGACUAGCUGGGAUGCUGGCAUCAUCUUUGCAUGGCUGUUAGUAGCUGGCAGUAGGUUGUGUGGGAAUGUGUUUAGGAUGUUCCUGAGCCACUGCAGGGGUAGACUGCUGCAGAGCACCUCCACCUUAUUUACAGACAGGAGCGAGAUCAUGAUAGUUUGGGUCUCGGAGAUGAUUGAGGGUAACUGGGCUAAUUUAAGUCAAAUCAGAUGAGAAGCGGUCUUCUAUUUUUCAGUUUACUGGCUCACAGAAUGUGUGUUCAGUCAUGUGUGGAUGAGCCUAGUGUCCUAUAAAGAGAGAACCCAUGAAGUAAGCUGUGAUGUUCAGUCAAUACGAUACAGGAGGAUAUGGCACAUGAGGUGCUGAAUGUAGAGCAUGUCACAAUUCACACUCAAAGUGGCGUUAUUUAGAAGCAUAGCUGCCUUUAAAAAACAAAGCUUAGUAAAAGCACACGUAGGGAUUUAUCUACAAGAGGUGUUCAGAUACACUUUAAUUUGAGUGGUGUUGGGCAUGGAAGAUUGUACACUGCUGACUUUGAUUUUAAAGAAACUUGUAUCACAAAAAUUGCUUUGGUCUUCUUCUGACUGCAGCAUCAAGCCUAAUCUGUAACUGCAUCUUCUAACGGGACAAAAAUAGGGUCCUACACAGAUGUGAUCCUUUCAUGAUGGGGACUUAAUUUAAGCCCAGUGGGUUGGGUUUUUGUCUCCCAUUUUUUUACUCUUGCUUUCCCUAAGUGGGGAAGUGCUAAAUGGGCUACUCUGGGCCUAACACACAUGUCCCUCAAAGCAUGUCACCUCCACAAUGAUGCUAGGUGGGUUCUAUUCGUGCUAUGCUAUUCUUCAGGCUCCAGAUCUGAGCUUCACACAUAACAUUCUUUUAAUCCAGCUGGGUGACUUUAAUAAUAAAGUGCAGCAGUUUCCUAAAAAAAUAAAAAUUAAGUGCUAUUUUGGACUUCAUGAGAAGUCAAAAUCAAGCAAGCACUUUAAAGUUACUGUAGAAUGAAGUGAUAUAAACAUGGUUCUCUGAAUUUGCAAAAGAUUGUACACGUGCUGAUGACAGUAUCUAUAUUAAAGUUAACUAUGAUGUUCGUCUACUUUUGCUAGUGUUAACGCUCUUGAUAGAGAUGAAUGCGACUUUUAAAAGCUUUAUCUAAGGGGCUGGUGUGUCAUGGGUUUCAAUAGCCAUGAAAACUCAUAACUACUUGCUCUCCUUCACCCCCAUGCUCCUUUCAGGUAAGGACUGAGGAAGAGGCCAGGUGGGUGGCAUUUGUGCUGCCAGUGGUUGUGUUCCACAGUCUGUGGAUAACCAAAUUUAAGAGGAGUGAGUUAUUAAAACUCUGAGCAGAAGGGAUGGUAACAAAUAUUUAAAUGCUUUUUUCAUAAUGGCAAACACUAGAGGUUAUAGACAGUGUUAUAUUUUAAUAUAAAGAAGAAAAGGACUUUAGCAUGUGGUUAUGGAUGAAAAGAGACUUCUGUGUAUGUGCUCUCUAUGGCCCUGGCACUUCAAACUUCUGAGCCCUUCAGUUCCUAUUGAAGUUAAUCAGCAGGCUCAGUGCAGGAGUGAGCCCUAUACAUCUUCUGAAUCCAGUCUUUUUAGUUUACCAGUGAAACAUGCAGCAAUUAGAAAAUGUGUUCACAUGUCAACACAACUACCAAUAAAAUUCUGAUUGCUGAAUCUGUAUUACUCAUGGAAGCCUGGGAUAUACAGAGAACACAGCUUGAUCUUCAGAUACCAGGGGCAGUUUCUAAUAUUCUUGCCUUGAAAAGUCUUGUUCUGACCUGUCAACUACCCUACAUUGAUCUGGGUGUUAUUGACAGAUGCCUCACUAAAUGUAAGUGAUUGAAGUAAUUCUGCAUAUUUAGAGGAGAGCAGAGAGGCCACCAUUUUGACAUGUAAGUACUAAAGCUAGGUAUCUAUAUGGAUUAAAUAUUUAGAUAUGUAAGUUCCUUGAUUUUUAGAGGUGCUUAGCAGCCAUAAAUCCAGUUCGUCUUGGGAGUUGUGGGUGCUCAUAUUUAGAUGUCUGAAUGUGGAUUUUCUUAAACAUGCAGGUUUGAAAACUUUAGUCAAAGUUAGUAUCACAUGCUGGUCUGUCUUCUGCCUGGACAAUUAAUGAAAUUACAGCUGGGGUGAUUUUGUCCCAAUAUGAUUAAAUCCUACUCCCUGCCCACAAGAGUUUUAUUGCAUUAGAUUUAUUACUGGGUGGGAGCCCAGUUAUAAAGCUCAAACCUUAGUAACUGGAGUCAGCCUUGUUUAGGAUAAAUAUUUAGGCCUGUUUACAAGGGCCUAUACUAUAAGAAUUUAGGUGUAUUUUUAUUAGCUAGUUACAAAGGUAUUAAAAUUACUGUUUAAUUUUUUUUUAAUACUGUGACAGUUUGAGGCCUGGUUUUUAUGCUAAGCUUUUGGCGAAGCAGCCGUAAGCUGAGAACUGUAUGGUCAUUCUUACAUUCCAAACUAGUCAUAUUGAAAUAAGGUGCUAUUGGGCUGUUAGGAAUAUCAGAACAGCAUUGUAUUUCAGUCACCUCCAGAGAAAGGGAAGAAGAAAGGGGGGAGGGAGAAUUUAAAAUUGUUUCAGUAAGGGUGGGGGAUUGGAAACAGGAAAUAAAAACAGGGCCAUGGAAGGCUUUGUGGUAUCAAAGCUGAAAAGGGAAACACUAAGGAAAAAAACAACCUAAAAUCAUGCUUGUUCGAAGUUUACCCUAAUCAACCUCAAAUAGUUUGCACUGUCAAACUUCGGGUAGUGUUGCUCUCUGUUCAUGCAAAAAGAAUCAGGAAAGUAAGAGUGAAAAAAUAAGCCCUCUAACAAGCCUGCUCCAGGUACCAUCUCAAGCCUGUGAAGUCUGGACCUAAGAAAAUGGGCUGAGUGAUUCCAUUCAUCACACAUACCAGAGACGGUACAAAAUUUUUUUAAUCAUUCCUAAAUGGAGAAGGUGCAAACUCACUCUCAAUAAUAUGUUGUAUUGCUGCAAGAAGGGUGGCCGGUACUGCACAGGUGGCUGUAGUGAAGGCCGUGCCCUGUUCCCGGGGUGGGUACUCCAACCAUACUGACAGGUGGAUGGCCAUAAAGUAUAUUAAGGCUAAUGGUUGAAAAAGAAGGGAUGGGUAAAUUGUCACAGCAACAGAUGCUGGCAGUAAUCAAGCUCCAGUUGCUGGUGUGAGAAGGAGAUUGGAAUGAGCAAAGAAAUAUUUCCUCACAUGCGUAGAGCUUACACAACCUCAUAGUAGCCGCGUAAGAAGCUCAGAUGUCUAGUCUUUAGGAUUCUGUGCAGGAGAUGGAGAAGAGGAAGUACUUAACCCCAUAUUGGCCUGAAGAGUCACUGCAAUCUAGCAACUCAAUGACUUCCAUGUAGCCUGUAAGAGCAGUUGUGCUGGCUUGCAAAAUUAUUCCCAGGUAGUCUCCAGGAGCAGCACUCGUGCAUCCCAGGAAGGGCCCAUUCAGCCCUUUUCAACUGCAGUGAAGGUUUCAAAUCCAUGUGAAAUCUUCCUGUGAGGACAGCGGGGGUAUGUGAUUACACCCACCACAGAGAAUCUCAUGUCACAAAGGUUCUUUUUAGACUCUCUGUCUCAAAAACAAAGGGACCAUGUUUCUCAAAUUUGGAAUCUCUGAGCUAAGAAUUUACCCAGCUUCUGCAAGAGCUCUAACAAACUUGGACUCAGUUUCUAAAGCCUCACAGGCAUAGAGGGAAACAUUGUACAUUGCUGCCUGUGCAGUUCCAUAUUACCUGAGGCAAAAUCUCUUUCUCAUCAUGUUGAAACAGAAUGGGGAGAGGAGCCAGAUCUGUAUGUCACUCUGUAAUACAUCAGUACAUAUCCUAGGAAUACUGAGGGGGAGAGAUCCCAACGGUAAAUUCCUCUGUCAUAUAUGCCACAGAUUUUCCAGAAGAGAGAGCCCCAAUUAGUGAAACCGGGUGAGAACUAAGGGACAAAGGCUGUUAACCCACUUAAGGUUAACAGGGUUGCACAGGUGUUGUCAUGAGCAUGAUCUGAUGAUAAUAGGGUUACACAGAUGUAGCUGGGGGCAGAAUGGCCUGUAGAACCUCCAUUACUAAUACAGGUGUGAAAAAUGGAAUUUGUAGGAGUGUCAGACAAAAAUACCCAUUUCUCUUUUAUCUUGCAGACAGAAAUCAGUGAAUGAAUUGGAACCACACACGCACUGUUACAGUAAAUGUAUAAGGCAGCACUUUCUUUAAAAAAAUACCAGUAGCAGGACUCGGCAUUCUUGAUAAACCCUGCACUAACAAACCAGAGGUCACAGCCCAGCACUCUUGACCAAUCUAAAAUAACAAAGCAACAUUGACAGUCUUGUACUCCCAAGCAGGCCCACAUAAACAAGCUGUAUAGCCCAGCACUUUUGCAAUGAUAAAUCAGAGGGUGCAAGCACAACGAAAGAAACAUUUCAAUUUCUAUGUCCAUGAGGUUGAUCUAAACAGCUGUGGGUGAAACAAAUUACUGUGAGAAUUCUGAAUGCUGAAGUGAUAGGGCCUGGUUAACCAACUGGCCAGGCACCAGCAGGGACAAAAAUCCCACACAGUACAUUGAGAAUGAGAUCACACCGUUAAUUUCACCCAUAAGGAGAAAUGGCUACGUUUUCUCCCAUACCUCUCUGGCUUUAAAGACAUUACCACUGUGAUCUUUUGGGCACUGAGGGGUGAAGGAUUUGAAAAGUUUGGGGGCAGUGAGCUGUGCUCUGCAUGGCCAUACAGAGUCCGCUUCUGUUCCCAGCUCUGGGGUGGGUGGAAGGAGACCCUUGUUUCCUAGCAAUCUCUUCCUGCCAGUGUGACGUGCUGGGGGUCUAGGAGAGAGAAGCUCCUUUCAGUCUGGUGGACUCAAAGGGCCAUGCAGAGAGAGGAGGAGUGUAUUAAAGGGGGGAAAGGGGAAUGUGUUUAUCCUCUCAGCUCAAAGGUGGAGGGAACAGUCCUAAAGAUUCAUAAAUGACAAUUAUUCCUUAUUAUGGCUUCCUCUUUCCAAUUGCAGCCAGUAACUCACAUGUAUCAAGACAUGGUUGAAGCUACCACUGCGAAUGCUGCUGUGCUGAGUUGGGCUGCUGUCCCCAGGCACAGUGGCUCCUGCAGUGCCAGGGCUUCUGGGCUCAAGGGAUUUUGAGAUGGGCCAUUUUACUUGAUUUUUAUUAGUUUUCACAUGUAACCCAAAAGAUUGUGGGAGUGCCCUCCACUACCGAGUCAUGUAGUUUCUACCUGGGAAAUGUACUUAAAACUAUGAUAAAAAGUAAAAUAUAAGGUCAGGAAUGUUCCUUUUGAAGUGACUCUAUGAAAAUAGUAUUAAAAUGUCCUGUAAGCAUUUAAAAUCAAUAUUGAAAUGUUUUACCAGGGCUCUCUACCUGUAGUUACAAGACUGGAUCUAUACCGCCAAUAAGAUUUGUUAAGCAUUUA